UUCACCCCUUCAAAACCACCAUUGAUAUAUUUUCUUGGAUCAAAACAUUUUACAAACAGAUAAUUUAUUAUUUUUAUAAACUAAAAUAGUACAUCAAACCAACAAACUCAUCAAAAAAAAAUUAUAUUCACAUAAAUUUCUCCAGCCAUUUUCGGAGAGGGGUAAUUUUUCCAAUUUAGAAGAUCCAAAAAAUCUUCAUCACCCACUCCGAAGCUUCAUCCUUAUGAAAUCAAUUUUUUUUGAAAAUUAAAAUUAAAAAAAAUUGAAAUUGGGCAUGACGAGACCAAUAAUCAUACCUUCGCCUCCAUUAUUGUCGCUUGACAAACGGCAACCGCUUUUAUCGAGCCAGGAUUCAUCUCCGUCGUCGCGCGGCGGCGGAAGCGUUGUUCGGAGAGCGCGAUUGGCGGAGGUAGCCGGAGGUACGACAGCGGAAUGUGCGGCUGUGGCUUGUUGUUGUCCUUGCGGGAUUGCGAAUUUAUUGGUUCUAGCGGUUUAUAAGGUACCUGCUGGACUCUGUAGAAAGGCUCUGAGGAAGAAUCGACGGAAUCGGCUGAUGAAAAAGGGGCUUUUACCGUCGACAGAGAGUGGACAUUGCAGCUGUGAUGAGAUGGAACUUCAUGCUUACCAGAUUUCUAGCCCUAUUGCAGUGGUCCGCGCCGGCGCCGGAAACCUAGAAACCGAUAAGGAUGCUCUGGAGCUGGAGAAGGAAAUGUGGGAUAAGUUUUAUGGUGCUGGGUUCUGGAGAAGCCCAUCUCAACGAAGUGAAAUGUAACGGUGUGGGAUGAAUCAGUGUGCAGAGGUGGUAGAAUGAAGAAGAGGGGGGAAUUGUUCUACUUUCUUUUUUCUCUUUCACUCUCUUUGUAAUUAAAGACUAUUUCACUCUUUGUAUCCACCAAGGAAUCUUUGUAAUAUAUUUUAUUUCUUUGUCAUAUUUUCAUUUCAAGAAUCAAAAUCAAGUGUAUUGUUCAA